AUGGCGACGAAUCCACCCAGUAACAAUGCGAACGAACCGGACACACGAGCAUCACUUGGGGAGACGCUCGGGGGCUUGGAGAAGAUCCUUCGUUUUGUGGAGAAACGAAAGGUGGCCACUUUGGUUUUCCUGGCUCUGGUAUACCCCAAACUCGACGUCAGCUGGGGUUGCAGAGGGUCAGAAACUCCUUCGGCUGAGUCUCUGUUCUAUGGGCCGUUGUUCGUGGCAGUGGCCUUGCUCGUAGCAGCCAAACAAUCUACAAAUGUCUCCUGGCAGCUACGAUUUGCAUACCUGGAAUGGCAGUCUCUCGCCACUUGGCUCAAUGGCAUCACUGGCGGAUACACCAUCACUCUUCUCUUAAUCGCCCUUUUCGUCAUCCCUGUCCCAAUUCUCUGGCUUACCGUUCUCGGCUUGAUAUCGUGGCAGCUUAUCCUGUUGAAGUACCGCCAAUACGUCCGGAAAGUCAAUGCAGAUAUGAGCGAGCUCAGGAGCCAGGCUCAAAUAGCCCUGGGUCGGAGCCAAGAAUAUGCCACAGCAGCAGCUGAGUACGAGUGGCGGGUGUUGAAGGUGGUAAAGGAAAUCUACCUGGUCCAGACCCAAAUUACUGAGGUUUUUGAGCGGGCGCCCGGUGCGUUCACCUUGUUGGCACAGAAUGUAGAGAGUGCUGUCCAAGCAGGGAAAGACCUUACAGAUCUCACCAAGGACAUACUGGUCAGCCGGUCGAAGGCAGAAGAUGGAUAUAGGAAAGUUCAGCAGCUCACUGACAAGGUGACCACGCUUGCCGAACAAGGGGAAAUCGUCGACGCUGCUGCUUCUGCUCUGGCCAUCCAGGAGGAAUUGAAUGCUGUUCACGAGGCUGAGAAUACCCUUCUUCAAAUUAAACAAGGGGCCCACACCAUCAUGGUGAAAGUUUAUCUCGAUGAUAUGCUCGCGACGCAGAAAAAGCUCCUUGAGCAACUUCAGGCGAGAGCCAGGGAAAGGGAAGCUCAAGCUGAAGAAGAUCCACAACCGAUCCUCGAUAAUAGCGUGACUCUAAGCAACCCUAUCGCCAUUGUGGGCGGUUUACGAGGCGCAGCAGAGAACAUUGACGACAAAUGGUACCCACUUGAGCUUCCAUUUGCUAUUAGUCUCUUCAAUUAUUCCACCUCGAAAAUCUUCGUGACGGACAAUGGCAUCCUCAGUUUGGAUGCGGCCGGCGGAACAUCUGAGAGACAGCGAACAGGGCAGGUUCUUCCCUUCUACGAUGAAAUCCCCGCAUACUCAAUGUUUCCUUUCUGGACCGAUUUGAAGAUCUGCCAGGGCAAGCCACACGGGAUCUAUUAUGAGAUUGUCGGAGAGCCAGGGUCGAGAUCGCUCACGGUGGAGUGGUAUAUGACACGGUGGUCAAAGGAAGAUCAAUACUUUCACUUUAAUCUGCGUAUUGACGAAGCACACCCAAAUAUGGUCACUUAUCAGUACUAUGAUGCCGUGGACAAAGGUGCUGAGUGUACCAUCGGAGUUCAAGGGGCCAAUGGCGUGUUUAAAAUGUUCUCCCACAAUGAGGCAAAGGUUAAUCCCGGACUUCGGCUCGUCUUCGACACAGCGGAGAACACGAUGGAUGUCUCCACGUUCUCGACAUAA